UAGCUAUCUAGCUACAGUAGCUAGUCGACAUCUAGCAGCAAGAUCUGGCAACCAAGUACAUGUAAGUGGCUGUUACCGAAGCCAACCAACCAGCCACAAGUGACAAGUUUUUAGCAAGCUACUUGCUAGCUAGCCAUGAAGGCAAUGACUUCUCUCGCGCAUGUAGAAUAAGUGGAAUGAACGGAAUGGAAUGGAAUGACCCUCUGCCAUUGGUGUGCCGUGGCAUCUUGGUGGUCGUACUGCAUGUACCGGUAGUAGUUUAUGAUGUUGGCCUAGUGUAAAUUUCGCCUUCGAGGCGACGUGGGCAUUGUGCUCUGGUGGCGAAAGGCCUGUUCCACAGUGACCAUUUCUUUAGAAAAAGUGUUUGUUCCCAUUAUUUUUACUCAUCAGCAUAAAAGGACACAGAAAAAACGGCAUUUUAGCUGCAGCAAGGAGCGGAGAGGUGCUACCACAGCAAGCCAUAUCAAUGCUUAGCCUGUUAGCUAAUAAUAGCUAGCCAAGGUGUCAAUCUCCAUAGGACACCAGCUAGAAAGCAGCUCCUAGCUAGCUAGAUAGACUGACUAGCUAGCUAGCUAUCUACAUAGCUAAUUCUAGCUAGCUUCGCUUAGCUGCUGGUAAAGCAAGAUGCACGGUGAUUUGGACGAGAGCGACCGAUUGGAUCAAUCCAAGGACAACCAGCACGAGCUGCUAGUGACUUGGAACCGACGCAAUACCGGUGCCAAUGGCAGCCAUACCCAGCUGAAUGACGCUCAGGAAGAGGAAGACGACGAGGAACAAGAAGAGCUCGAACAAGAAGUAGAGGUUGUCAAGUUGAAACUGACCGUGCUGCAAGGAGAUCAGUUGGUGCCAAAAGACAGGAAUGUACUCGGUCAAUGGACCACGAGUGAUCCCUACGUCAAGUGUUCUUUCUUUCCUGAAGGCGUUGAUGGAAUUGGAAUGAAGUCCAUGGAAAAUGGCACCGACCAAGAUGAAAAUGCGCGGGGCGGGAGCGCGAAGUCGAAGAAAAAGAAGAAAAAGAGAAAAUCCAAGAAAAAUGCCGAAAGAGGGGAAAUCACAUUGGGCCAGAGUGAGGUUAUCCGGUACACUCUAUCACCCAAAUGGGAUUUUCAAGUGGAAAUCGAGUUUGCUGUGGAAAGACUCACUGAAGAUGCUCAAUUCAGGGUCACCAUCAUGGACUGGGAUGAAGAUCUCAUUGCUGGGGUGGUGCCAUCAGAUGAUGAUCUCAUGGGCGUUGUCCCGGUCAAUGUCACGCCCAAUUUGUACCAAAAUUUACGAAACACAACCCGCACCAAAUGGUAUGGAGUCCCCGCCACGUCGGCUUCCAGGGCAUCCGGGAGAAUCCAGUGUCGUUUGGAUGUCACCAAAAUACACAAAAAAACAAAAGACAUUAUGAGUCGACCCAUUCCCAUCAAACCAAUCGGAAAACCCAUUCUGAACCAGGCAACCUACAAACCUUCACAAGCGGAAAAGGAACGCAAAAAGCAGCAAAAGAAACAGGCCAGAGAACAGCGAGAAAUCGCAGGAGCAUUGGCCAAAGGAGAAAGAAUAACAAUCAAACGAAGCUCCAGCAUUUCCAAUAUAUUCUCCUCCAUGAGCAGUGCCAGCACAGAUUCUUCCGGUCCUGCUCCAGAGCCAGCUGGCGGAGGUGCCGGCAGAUCCUUCAAGAGAAGUGGGAGCAUUUCCAAUUUACUAUCCACCCGAACCAUUGCCAGCACCUCAGACCUAAGGUCCAGCAAUGUCUCUGCCAGUACUACCAGCAACGGCAUGAGAGCAAGUGCCAGCUCAGCGGAACUGAAAUCCCCAAAGAAAUCUGCCUUUCGAAGCAUGAAAAAAUCGCUCUCAAAAAAAAACCUUUUGGGGGGACUGUCCAAAAUCAAAUCCUCAAGGUCCAACAGCCCAAAACGAAAUUCAGGGGCUAGUAGCAAAGGGGAAGGAGACAACCAGAAUACGUCCUCCAUUCAUCCAGAAAUGACACCACCCACCAACGACAAUACACAAGGCACUGACGGUGAGACUCCCAAGAACGAUCCACAAUCCAACGGAAUUGGUCCUGGGGGUCUGUCUGCCUUCGCUUCACGUGCCGCCAGUAGUCGAAGACUGGAACUUGCCGAUGUGGAGGCACUCGAACGGCAAGAUGAAGCCACGGAAAGAUCACGACCAGUGCGGCAACGAAGCAAUGCUAGAUUGGCUGGUGGGGUCGGGCGAAGAUCUCUCUCCAUGAGACGGCUCACCGUUUCCAGCUCGGAGUCUGCCAAGAACGUCACCGGAAUUCAGCAAGGUGAUUUUGAUAUGAGCAACCGGAGAGCACUUUCCAGUAGAAGACUUGUCGCCAGUAGCCAUCUCUCAGCCAGAAAUGUCGCCAAUCUUCAACGCGUUUCCAGCACCACCAGCACCAGCAAGGGCAUGGACGAAAGCAAGAGGGACAGUGCCAGAAACCAACCUGAUUCCACGCCCAAGAGGAACGACAGCGGUGAUCCCACCGCAAUAAGAAGAAAUGGAACCAAUGAAUCUACCAACAGCAUGAAGAGAAACAGCAAGUCAGAUCGUCCCAGUAUCAGCAAGAGAAGAGACAUUAGUGAUUCCUCCACCAUAAAAAGAAAUGACAGCAGCGGGUCAAUCAACAGCAUCAAAAGGGACAGCAAAUCGGAACGUUCCAGUCUCAGAAAUUCUUCGAGAGCCUCGCCCAAGAGGGAAAAAGAAACAAGCAACAGCGAAAAAAGUGGCAAAGAAGCUGCCGAACAGCUACCGAGCCAAUCAGAAGAGACGACAAAACAGGAGCAACAAUCUGCAAGGUCCAGUCCAAGAAGCGUGCGCCCGGAACAAACCAAGGCUGUCACCGGCCAAGCGCCUCAACCUCCACCGGGCAACGCUGCAACCGCUGGCACUAGUACUGCACCUCCAGCCACUGCCAGUAUGCGUUCUUCUGAGGAUGAGCGCCGCCCCACCGGUAUUGUACCCAGCCAGCCCGCACCAAGCCAUGAUCGAUCGAGACGGGAAGUCGAAGUAGCUCCCACUUGUACUGCACCUCCAGCCAAUGUAGGUGCUCCUGAGGAUAUGCACAGCCGUAUUGUACCCACCCAGCCCGCACCAAGCCAAGGUCGAUUGAUACGGGAAAUCCCCAGAGCCCCUGUUGCGGCCACCACCGCCACCGCCGCCGCCUCGAGUCUUGAAAUAGCCCCACCAGCUGCACCUGCCAACUUCAUGACAAGUCAUCCGCAGCACCACGAGCAGCACCAUGAGCAGGCCUUUGUAGCUCCAGCCACCCCUGCCAGAAUUCCAGAACGAAGGAGCGCGGAAAACGUUACUCACGCUUCCCCUGCAACAACGGCAACUGCCAUGACAGGGUACGAGGAGACCUUGAUGCAAACACAAGCGACGACAGCAGCAGCAGCGACCACAUCUUAUUACGACGAGAAUUACCACCAUCCUCAAAACUACUACCACCAAGACCCCUACGAUCCGAAUCAAUAUCAUUACCAACCAGAGUACAAUGAAGUACCGCCGCCGGUAGGGGACACUGUGGCAGGAUUCUACCAAGAUGCGGAAGGCGAGACGUACUAUUUGGAUCAGAACGGAGUGGAGUAUUACAAAGACAAGGAUGGCAACUGGUAUGCAGACUACACACCUGGUGGGGAGCAGGUCUGCUCGGAUGGAGCGGGCUGGUUCGAAGACGCAGAGGGCGUUCCCUUUUACGUGGAUGAUAACGGUGUGGAAUACUAUCAAGAAGCGGAUGGGGAAUGGUAUGGCGACCAUGGUCAGCACCUGCCAAAAUCUAUGAUGGUUGCAGCCACACAGGCGGCAAUUCAGCAGCAGUAGAGACUGCUGGCCCACUGCCACAGUGAAACCUACAGAAGCAAGUGUACCUGUAAUAAUUGAUGACAUUUACUAGUGUACCUGUGCUUUCUUCAGAUAGUUUAAAUUGACUAUACUCUAGUAUACUCUAGCUAGUGG